UACAAAAGGGAAGAAAAUCUAUCCACUCAAACAAGGAAGAAAGGAAACGAGAAGAAUCAGUCUGAUGGGUUCUUCUCAAUCGGUUUCCCAACAGUCCAUCCAUGAAUUCUCAGUCAAGGAUAGCAGAGGUAGGGACGUUGAUCUUAGCAUUUACAAAGGGAAAGUUCUUCUUGUUGUCAAUGUUGCUUCCAAAUGUGGGUUUACGGAUGUCAAUUACACCCAGUUGACAGAGCUCUAUAGUAAAUACAAAGACAAAGGUUUGGAGAUUUUGGCAUUUCCAUGCAAUCAAUUCUUGUAUCAAGAGCCUGGGACAAGCCUUGAGGUAGAGACAUUUGCUUGUACAAGAUACAAGGCUGAGUAUCCAGUUUUCCAAAAGAUUCGUGUUAAUGGUCCACAAGCAGAACCAGUCUACAAAUUCCUAAAGGCUAGUAAACCUGGAGGUACAUUUGGGUCAAGGAUCAAAUGGAACUUCACCAAGUUUCUAGUUGAUAAAGAGGGUCGUGUUAUCAAACGAUAUGCGACUACUAUUGCUCCAUUGUCCAUCGAGCAAGACAUCCAGAAAGUGCUGGGAUUGGUAUGAGACUUCACAUUCAAGUUGGGUCCACAACGAAUUAGAUACCAGGGG